AUGCCUACCCUUUUGCCAGCGUAUGAUCGGAUUCUUGUUGAUAUCAAGAACUACGUCUUCGGGUAUGAGGCUACAAGCGAAAGGGCGCGAUCGUGUGCUCGUCUUGCCAUUUUCGACGCCCUGGGUUGCGCUAUAGAGUCGGUUGCGAAGAGUACACAAUGUAGAAGCUUCAUUGGACCAAUUGUGCCCGGCACAACCAUACCAGAUGGAUUCCGACUUCCAGGUACUUCGUACGAGUUGGAUCCGGUGAAAGGGGCUUUCGACCUAGGUGCCCUAAUCCGCUAUCUCGACCAUAACGAUGCCUUGGCCGGAGCAGACUGGGGCCACCCGUCUGACAAUCUGGGAGCACUGCUGGCCGUCAUGGACUGGCUGAGCCGUGCAGCUACCAGUGGCCGUCUAGUGCACCGAGGACCGCCUCUGACAAUAGACACCCUGAUAACAGCCGUUAUCAAGGUAUACGAGAUCCAGGGAUGCUUGCUGCUGCGCAACGCCUUCAAUGCUGUUGGCCUGGACCACACCAUCCUUGUAAAGCUUGCGUCGACGGCUGUGGUGUCCUGGCUGCUUGGUUUAUCUGAGGACCAAACACUGGCCGCGAUUUCACAUGCGUGGAUGGAUCUCGCGCCGCUACGGGUCUAUCGAUCUGGCUCGAAUACUAUUCCCCGAAAGGGAUGGGCUGCUGGAGAUGCGUGCAUGCGUGCAGUGCAGUUUGCGCUGUUGACUCGGACCGGACAACCCGGCGCCCCUACCCCGCUCACCAUGCCUCGAUGGGGGUUUUAUGCAAGCAUUUGGCGCAACGGCGCUCCAUUUACACUGCCAAAGCCGUAUACUACCUGGGUGGUCGAGAACGUGUUCUUCAAGGUCAUGCCAGUCGAGGGCCACGGAAUCGCGGCCGUCCAAGCUGCCGUCGUCCAGGCGCAGCGAAUGCUGCACCGCGGCUUGUUGGAUCCCGUGAAGGACAUCCACCGAAUUGAGAUUCGCACAUGUGCAGCUGCACACUUGAUUAUCGACAAAAAUGGCCCCCUGCAUAAUGCUGCGGAUCGCGACCACUGUAUGCAGUACUGUGUUGCCGUAGCGCUUCUGAAAGGUGCCGCUCCAGAGGCCGGGGACUUUCAAGACGGUAGCCUGUAUGCCUCCAGCCAGGCCGUAGAGGACUUGCGCGCAAAGAUCAAGAUUCGGCCUGACGAGUCCCUGACAGCCGAUUACCUUGAUCUGGACAAAAAGAGUAUCCCGUCGGCCUUGGCCAUACAUCUGACGAAUGGCGACGUCCUUGAGGAGGUCUUGGUCGAAUUUCCCCUCGGCCAUGUUCGUAAUCCGGGCACUCACGCUGCCGUCGUGCAUAAAUAUAGACAAAAUCUAGCCCUCCUCUUUUCCAGGUCUGAGAUUGAGGAAAUUGAGAAGAUCGUCAACAGCGGCGGCGAUAGGAACGUCUCUGACCUUCUUGAUUUGCUCGUACGUUACUCCUACACAAAGCUCUAG